GAACCAUCCACUGCCUGUGACACGGGAAUGUCCUUCCCUGCCGCCUCGGAUGCUUACGGGUGAUCAUCAGCUAACCAGACCGGUGUGGAGUACAGCUUCAUGGUUGGAUGACUACAGACGGUUCACCAGCGAGCCCUGAGCUGGCUGAUCUCACCACGGACAGAAGGCCUUAUUUUGGGUGAAAGUGAAAGAGAUUAGGGGAGGUGUGGCCUGAAGGCGGUUCGAUUCCUGACAUGUCGAUGAAACAACCAGACGGGAUGUCCAUCGCCCAGGCUUUGGCCAUGACUGUGGCAGAGAUACCAGUCUUUCUCUAUUCCACGUUUGGGCAGUCCAUAUUUUCCCAGCUGAAGCUUUCCCCGAGCCUGAAGAAGGUGCUCUUUGCCACGGCGCUGGGGAGCGUAGCUCUGGCUCUCACUGCCCAUCAGCUGAAACGACGGGGAAGGAAAAGGAAGCAGGCACAAAUAAAAGAGGGCCAGAAAACGGUGGGGAUACCUGAGGCGCUGCUGAAGACUGGGAGACCGUCGUCAUUGAAGAGAGGUACUUUCUCCGGUCGACAGAUGAUGAGUCCCAGCACUCGGAGCAACGACACCAUGAGUGGAAUUUCCUCGCUGGCUCCCAGUAAACAUUCAAGUUCCUCACACAGUCUGGCAUCAACGCGAAUGCCAAGUUCCCCCAAUCAGUCUGUCAAUCCCUCGACCCCCUGGGAGGCAGAGCCCGUGGCGGAAGAGUCCGGGGCGGCAGAAGACGCCAACGCUGAAAAUCUCUACUUAAUGGGGAUGGAGCUGUUUGAAGAAGCCCUGCGGAAAUGGGAGCAGGCGCUGAAUAUCCGCCAUCACACCGGCUCAACAUCCAGUAACAGCAGCCUGGCCCUGCAGGGGGCGGCGUGUGCAGACGUCCCCACGGCUGAAACCCAUAAUAAAGUGUUUGCUGAGAAGUUGGAAACACUGCUGCACCGGGCGUAUCACCUCCAGGAGGACUUCGGCAGCACCAUCCCCACAGACAGCGUGCUGGCGGACUUCGAGAGUGAAGGAACUCUUAUCUUGCCUCAAGUGGAGAGUUUCCAGAGGCUGCAGGACGAUGACGCCACGACGGUCUCGUCCGAUGACUCCUUCUUCUCAGCAGCAGAGCUGUUUGACGCCAUGUCUCUGGAGGAGGUGUACCAGCCUCUGAGGCCCGCGGCUCUCUAUGAAGAAGCCUUGUCUCUGGCCCGGGAGGGCCGGGUGACCUACAGGUCCCUGAGGACCGAACUACUUGAAUGUUACGGUGACCAAGACUUUCUCGCCAAGCUUCACUGCGUCAGACAAGCAUUCCAGGUCCUGCUGCUGGAUGAGACUCACCGAACGUUUUUCAUGGAGACCGGGAAGCAGAUGAUUGCGGGGUUGAUGGUGAAGGCGAACAAGAGUCCGAAAGCCUUCCUGGAGAGCUACGAGGACAUGCUGUUGUACACCCAGCGGGAGGAGACGUGGCCCGUCACCAAGAUGGAGCUGGACGGGCGAGGCGUGGUGUGCAUGAACUUCUUCGACAUCGUGUUGGACUUCAUCCUGAUGGAUGCGUUUGAGGACCUGGAGAGCCCCCCCUCCUCCGUGGUGGCGGUGCUGAGAAACCGCUGGCUGUCGGACAGCUUCAAAGAAACGGCGUUGGCGACGGCUUGCUGGUCAGUCCUGAAGGCGAAACGACGCCUCCUGAUGGUCCCCGAUGGCUUCAUCUCCCACUUCUACGCCAUAUCAGAACACGUGAGCCCCGUUUUAGCGUUUGGCUUUUUGGGGCCGAGGCAGCACCUCAGUGAAGUGUGCACCAUCUUCAAGCAACAAAUCGUGCAGUACCUCAAGGACAUGUUCGACCACGACAAGGUGCGCUUCACCUCGGCUCAGUGCUUGGCCGAGGACAUCCUGAAGCUUUCGCACCGCCGCAGUGAGAUCCUGCUGGGAUACCUGGGAAUCGACAGCCUUCUGGAGCUCAACGGCUCGCUCCCCAGAGAACUGGACGCCUCCUCUGGGACCAAAUAGGACGUGCGAGGCGCAAACGGAGCUUCGCUGGGCUUCGCACGGGCCGACGGCGGAACGGCGGCGCAGCGACUCGACACUCGAUCUGUUCCCUGCGUGGAAACCGGACUUCACGGAGAACCAGAACCAGAAGCAGCAUCAUGCGUUGAUUCAUCUUCGCCCAUUAAACACAUCUACUGUAACAGGAUCUAUAUAUAUAUAUUAUGUGUGUGUGUAUGUGCGCGCAUCAGAUCAGCAGCCACCGGCCGUCGUGCUCAAGAAGGAAACCUCCAGGAUGAUGUAUCAGAAAUGCCAACCGUCGUCGAGGACUCGUCGUCUCCGCCGCCGCCGCCGCCAUGUGACAAGGAUACUUGAAAACAAACGUACCAAACCGAUGAACCGAUGCUCGGAUCCAGACUCCUGCGGAAUAUCAAAGUCUUCAUUAAUGUGUGAGAGUGAAUUCUGAGCGUUUCUAUGUUUUAUAUUAAAGGUCGAAGGUUCGUUUUUAAAGCAGAGACGAUUCCCGAUGUGGGACGGAAAGGCUUCGUCUCAUCAGCUGGUUCAACGUUUCCCCACUUUAUUUAAAGUGAGCAGAUUGAAGUGAGACCAGAGGAGUGUAUUUAGCUGAAAAUAAGACGCAAUCAUUUUAAUCAUAGAAAAGAAACCUAUAUCUAUAACCUGAAACACACUACUCAAAACAGCACUGAAACUGCUGAGUCAACAGUUUUUUUUGUUUUUUUUUUGUUUUGUUUUUUUUGAGGAAAUGUGGAUUCCCACACACUCAGGAUCCAGUCUGACCAGAUUCAAUUGGAUAUAUUUGCUUCAACUGACUCAAGAUGAUCAGUAUAUUAAUUACAGAUGUGACUGAAAUCAUUUCCUUGACUUCUUUUCUUUUUUUUUUGUUUUUGUAAGUGCUCCUUUUUACAGACCGUUGUGAAGUUUUAACUUGAACCAGGCAGGAAAACCAAGUCUUCAAGUUCAGGUUAUGUGCUGCGGAAAAAGUAAACCAAGACCAGAACUAGUAUGAAACCUCACAACCAGAAAGUAAACUAAAUCAGGCUCCUUAAAAUGUAUCAGAAAUUAAUUUUUCCAUCCUAAAUAUAAAAAAGUUUUUGCCUUUUAAACUUUCCCCCCUUUGUAAUGUCCUGAUGAGGUUUUAAUUCUCUGAAUGAAGCCGUUCAUGUGUUCAGUAGGAAGAAUAGGGAAGGGAAUUAAGUGCACUGAUUCUGCUCUGUUGUGUUUUAUUUUAACCUUUAUUUUGUUCAUACUGUGAAGCGAAUGGCGCAGAAAGAUGCUGUGUGGUGAUAAAACUGACUUCAUGAGAUGAUUAUUCUGAAUGGCAUUGGAAACACAGGAUGUAAGUGUUGAAAUAAUUUUUAUUUUAUUAUUUUUUUGAUUUUAUGAUUUUAAUAAGUUAUUGUUUCCACACACGUUUGUCUUUGUGGCGUUGAUGAUCUUGAAGUCGUAGCACCAUGCCUCUUAAAUUAAUUUCUUGUUCUGUUGCGGUCUGCGUGCGGAAGAGUCGGUCUCGUCACAUCGUUUCUCUUCUCACACAUCAGCCACGGCUCCAGCUACACACUUGAUUUCUGAUCAAAUAUGCAGCUUUUUGUUGUUGAAGCAUUUUUGCACUUUAGCAGGAAGAAGAUACAGGAAUGUCCAACGAAUCCCUUUUUAACGCUCACGUUCACAUGUAAAACAGAUUAUUUAUUGAUCAUAUAUUAUUGAUAAUAUAGAAGUUAAAUGCUGUACAGUAGAGAAUUUAUCUUCUGAGGAAAAACUAAACUGCAGAAAUGAUUUAUUCUGGUUACUCUCA